AUGCAGGCCAGCGUCGCGGUCGCCGAGGCGCUCGAGGCCGGAAGCCUCACGCCCCUGCCCGUCGCUGGUGGCGCCGACUUCGCGGCCGCUGCCCUCGCCGUGGCCAUCGCCGCGGUCGCCGCCGCGGCGUCGUUCGUGCUCAUCUCCUUCGAGGCCCGCGCGGGGCAGGGCCGCCUGCGCCGCGUCCUCGACCUCGGACCGUCGCCCCGGGGCCCCCGACUGCUGCUCGCCUUCUUCGCGGGGCUCAUGGCCGCCGCCGAGGCGCUCCGCCUCCCUUUCUUCCGGGGCGCCGUGCUCCCGCCGCGCCGCCACGUCAUGCCGUGCCUCGCGUACCCGCUCGUCGCGCACGGAAUCGCCGAGCCGGGGAUGCUCGCCUGCGUGCUCCUGCUGCUGCGCGCGUCCGUCGGCGCGGCGCGGCUGCCGGCGGCCGCCAUCGCCGUGCCGUUCGCCUGCCUGCCUUUCCUCACCGCGCACGUGCUCGUCCUCGCCACGCCGGCCACCGUCGUCGCGUACCCGGGCCAGCUCGCGCACGCCGCGGACGGCGCCGGGCACUGCGCGUACCCGGCGUACGCCGCCACGCUGCUCCUGGCGCUCGUCGCGCUUUACAUGCCGCUCCUCGCCACCGCGUGCUGGGACGUGGCCGCCGUCGCCAUCAACCGGCGGCUGCGCGCGAGGGCGUACGCGCUCGUCACGUUCGCCGUCCUUCCGCUGCCCGUGCAGGUGCUGGCGCUCGGGCUGACCUCCGUGUGGGACAUGCACCAGUACACGUCCCCGACGAUCGGCCUCAUUGGGUUCCUCGCGGUGGCGGUGGCCGCCGAGACCACCAUUGUCGUCCUCGUGAUGCUGCCGCUUCACGACGCGCUUGUCCUUGUCGACGAGCCACCGGUGGUGACGGCCGGCAACGAGGACGCCCGUGACGUCACCAGAUGA